AUGUUAAUAAUGUGGCAAGAAUCUGUAAUGUUACUGCUGGAAUUUUUAGCUGCAAUUUGCGCCGUAGCUGUAUGUGGUCCUUGUUUACUUGCUUGCGCUAGAAGAUUAAUUCUCGGAGAUGAGUUACUGCAAAGAGGCGGUCCUGUCAUUCAUGAAGCAGAGAUUUUGGGCUGCGAUGAGCCUGCCUGUCCAUAUUACAAAAAGAAUGUACGAUACUUAAUGGUGCCAGCAGCAAGGCGACGUCAGUAUAAUUCGCCAUCUCGAGCAUGUUCUUGA